AUUUUUCUCCGCUUGUGUCAUUCGGCGCUGUGCAAAUCCCGAACUGGUAAUGCUAGUUUAGUUGAGCUAACCGCUCCCACUGAGCUUUAAAAGCAGACUCCGCUCCGCCAGUGCUGAUUUCUGAUCAUCUCCUCUGCUCCUCCAGUGUAAUGUCCUCCUGGGCUCCAGAACUCUUCUCCUGUUCCAUAUGUCUGGAUGUGCUGAAGGAUCCGGCUACGCUGGCCUGCGGCCACAGUUACUGCCUGCUGUGCAUCCAGAAGCACUGGGACUCCAGAGUGGCCCGGGCUGAGUUCGAGUGUCCUCAGUGCCGACGCAAGUUCAGCCCUCGGCCCGUCCUGGCCUGCAGCAGGGUACUGAUGGAGGCGCUGGAGAAGUUGCAGCUGAGCCAGCAGGAUGGGGUCGUGUCCGGAGCUGCGUUACCCUCCUCAGGCCUGUACCCCACCCUGCCCUCGUCGUCCCCACACCUCUGCCCCGUACACCAGCGGCAGCCGGAGCUGUACUGCAUGCAGGACCAGCAGAGAGUCUGUGAGGACUGCAGCCGCCUCACACACAGCACACAUCAGGUGGUGCGGCCCGAACUGCAGCAGAGCAAGAUACAGGAGGAGCUGAAGGACGCGAGCGCUCGUAUCCAGAGCAGCAUUGCAGACAGAGAGAAGCUCCUGCAGAGUCUCCCACAGCUCACGGACACCUACCAGGCCUCUGUGCAGCAGCUGAUGCAGGACUCCCAGUCAGUGUUCUCCGGUGUGUGUGGCCUGCUGGAGCUCAGCGUGUCUCAGCUGCUGCAGCUCCUCCAGGCUCAUCAGUCCUCCUGGCUGCUCCUCAUGCAGACGGAGACGCAGCGGCUGCAGCAGGACAUCAGCAGACUCCAGCGCCGGCAGCAGGAGAUGCAGACGCUGAGCAGCAUCAGCGAGCCCGUCGACUUCCUCAGCGCGUUCAGUGCCAUGUCCUCUGUGGAUGCAUCAGAGCGUGCGCAGCUGGAGAUCCAGACUCCAGAUUCUGUGGUUUCAGGAGUCAGAUCCGCUCUGGACUCUUUCAGAGAGAGCGCAGAACACCUGACCAAAACCUGCCUGGCCUCGGUCUUCAGAGUCGUGAACGAGGCGUCCGCAGCGACACACACCUGCAGUGAUGAAGGAGCCAGCGUCUCCAGUGUGUGUGAGAGCACAGCAGUGAAGUCUGACUCUGCAGAUGAGGAACACACAGCUCAAGCUUCUGCUGCUGCAACACCAGACCAGCACAGGACACCAGCGGCUGCACAGGCCUCUGCAGAGGAGGCUGCUGCGUGCGUGUGUGUGUCCAAUCCAGCUCCGAAGACCAGAGAGGAAAUGCUCAAAUUCCGUGUGGAUCUGACUCUGGACCAGAACUCUGCGUUCCAGCACAUCCGUCUGUCUGAGGGGUUCCGGAAGGCGACUCUGUGUGCGGAGCGGCAGAACUAUCCAGAACACCCGCAGCGCUUCCUCUACUGGAGACAGGUGCUGUGUGUGGAGCCGCUCGCCGGCAGCCCAUACUACUGGGAGGUGGAGUGGACUGGCCAGAGGGUGACGGUGGGUGUGGCGUACGCACACAUGGACCGCUCCUCCUCCGGCGACCGCGCCCGUCUGGGCCACAACGCGGAGUCCUGGAGCCUGUACUGGUCCGGCCGAGCCUUCUCUCUGUGGCAUGCUGGGAAGGAGACGCCGCUGCAGGGACCCAAAGCCAAGCGCAUCGGGGUCUAUGUAGACCAGCAGGCCGGCGUUCUGGCCUUCUACCGCGUCACACACACUCCCACUCACGCAGACGCGCAGGAGAUCUGCUGCGUACACACCGAGUUCCAGCGCCCUCUGCUGGCCAGCUUCAGAUUCUGGUCUGGGGUCGGCUCCUCCAUCAGCCUGUGCCCACUCGAGUAAAUGAGUGUGUGUGUGUGUGUGUGUGUGUGUGUGUGUGUGUGUGUGUGUGUGUGUGUGUGUGCACCAGAGUGACCUCACAGAGAAAUGAAGACUGUCAGUGAACACGGUUGAGUAAAUUUCAGAUGAUCUGCCCAGAAUAAUCCUCAUAGCUCCGUCAUGAACUCGCCCGGGAGGUUUGGAAGCUCUGAGGGUUUUCUAAUCACGCAACACUAAAUAAGGAAACCGUUCUUAAAGGGACAGUCCACCUAAAAUGGCAGUGAUGUCACUUCCUCAUUCUCUACUGGUUCACGAGCCUGUUUGAGUUUCUGUGACUGUAUCUCUGCAUAUGAAUGUGUUUGUCUUGUUUGUAAAACUGUGAUUUGCUUCAAAAUGAUGACUGAAUCACGUCAGAUGAGCUGAUUAAAUCGAGUGUUUUGCUUCAAA